CGUAGUCUUUGAAUGGCUAAAUACUCUUACCACUCUUUCAAAAGCCGCUUGACACUGAAGAGCUACUUGAAAACUUUCAACAGAAGCCCUGUUUACACCACCCAAAACCCUCUUUCUUCAUUUGCAACAGCCUUCAGUCCUCCCAGUUGCAGAGCAUCAGUUAUCCGGUUCCCUAAAGCUUCUAGGAUCGUCCAAAAGCUUCUGGGACCAGAAACUUCAUUAUGCAGUGCUGCCAUCAGUCUGUGAGAGUCCUCUCUCCUCCCGUGGGAAGAGAAAACACAAAAGACAAUACUCGUGCUCGUGGAUUUCGCUGGACAUCAGCGUCUUCUGACAAUAAAAUUUUGACAAAUUUAUCUCUUUUAAAGACCUCUAGCUUUGGAGGAGCAAGAGAGCUCCUCAACAAUGUGGACAUUAGGAGAAACAGAAGCAGCAGUUUCAGACCCGUUCUCAGAGUUAGGAGCUCGUAUUCUGAAUUUAGAGGAAUGGAACCAGCUCGAAUAAAGGUGGUGGGCAUAGGGGGUGGAGGAAAUAAUGCUGUAAAUAGAAUGAUUGCCAGUGGUCUUCAGGUAUUGAUCAAGGGUGUAGAAUUCUAUGCCAUAAAUACGGAUGCUCAAGCUCUGCUACAAUCUGUUGCAGAGAAUACUGUUCAAAUUGGGGAGCUGUUGACUCGUGGAUUAGGUACUGGUGGAAAUCCAGAACUUGGGGAACAGGCAGCAGAGGAAUCAAAGGAAGCAAUAACUCGAGCUCUUGAUGAAUCAGACCUUGUAUUUAUUACAGCUGGAAUGGGUGGGGGUACUGGAUCUGGUGCAGCUCCAGUUGUUGCUCGACUGUCAAAAGAAGCAGGUCAUCUGACUGUUGGUGUAGUUACUUACCCAUUCAGUUUUGAAGGUCGAAGGAGAUCUGUACAGGCAUUGGAGGCCAUUGAGAGACUGCAGAAAUGCGUAGAUACUUUGAUUGUCAUUCCAAAUGAUAGAUUAUUAGAUAUCGUUGAAGAGAAUACUCCUCUUGAAGAUGCUUUCCUCCUUGCUGAUGAUGUUCUUCGUCAAGGUGUACAGGGAAUUUCUGAUAUUAUAACAAUUCCAGGUUUAGUGAAUGUAGACUUUGCAGAUGUAAAGGCUGUUAUGAGAAAUUCAGGAACUGCGAUGCUUGGAGUGGGUGUGUCAUCUGGAAAAAACCGCGCAGAAGAAGCAGCAGAGCAAGCUACAUCAGCUCCCCUUAUUGAGAGAUCAAUUGAACGUGCGACUGGUGUUGUAUACAAUAUUACUGGGGGGAAGGACCUUACACUACAGGAAGUAAACAGAGUUUCUCAGGUUGUGACUAGCUUGGCAGACCCAUCGGCAAACAUAAUAUUUGGAGCUGUUGUUGAUGAUAGAUAUACUGGAGAAGUACAUGUAACUAUAAUUGCUACGGGGUUUUCUCAAAAUUUUCAGAAUGUAUUGGUAACUGAUCCAAAUGGUGUGAAGAAAGAGGUUCCAGAGACUAAAGUAUCAGAGCCUAACAGGAAAAGUUCAGCUUCUGUUUAUUCAAGACCUUCUGGUAGAAAGUGGCUUCUAUGAUGAUGCAAACUAAUUUGUUUUGGAGUGUUGCAGCACCCGUCAAAUUCACCAUGCAAGGCAGUUAAUUAUUUGUAAUACAUAAUAAAUAUGAUUUUUCUCCUUAACACAUAGGAUUAUUGUUGGCUUGAGCAGGAAAUGAAGAGAUGUGUUAACAAAAGGUUCCAACAUUUAGUAAGCAUUAUAAGUGGUUCCGGUAACUGGUUUAAAAGCGCAGAAAAUGCUUUUGGCACGUGUUUUAAUUUGAAGGCCUUUUAUCUCCAGUUUUACUCCUGUAAGCUUUAUUUUAUUUAUAUUGUGGUAACUCGUGCUGUAAUUUGAAAUUGGAAUUUGAAUAGAUUUCUUGAA